AUGACAUUCCUGUCAUAUUUGACAGGCCUGUUGUCUCUAAGGAUGAGCCAUUGUUUUGGAGCCACACACAAAGGCAUGGAGGCAUUGGCAAGUAUGGAGCAUUUAGAGCAUCUUGACUUGUGCUUCUGUGUGCGUAUCUCAGACGAGGGAUUGAAUUGGCUAGAGCAGUUGACAGCACUCCAUCAUCUUGGCUUGGCAAAAUGCAACAUCACGGAUAGGGGAGUGGCGUCCCUGACAGGGCUGACUGGGCUUCAUCACCUUGAUCUGAGCGGAUGCGAUGGGGUUACAAACAUUGGGAUGAAAUGCAUUGCAGCACUUACAGGCUUACAGAAUUUGGACAUGGGGGAUUGCAGAAUUUCAGAUGAGGGAAUGGCUUCGAUGGAGUGUCUGACGACCCUGCAGCGUCUUCGCCUCACUUGCUGCGAAGGGAUCACGAACGAAGGUUUCAAUUCAUUCACAGCACUGAAAGGGCUGCACCAUCUUGAUUUGUUUGCCUGCAGUGGCAUCACAGGCACAGGUUGGCAGCCAUUGGCAGCCCUGACAGCCCUCACUUGGCUUUGUUUGACCAGCUGUGAGGGCAUCAGUGAUGAAAGUUUGCAGUCGCUGGUGGGCUUGACGGCACUGCGCCAUCUUUAUUUGGCCAUGCUGCCAAGAGUCACAGACGAAGGGGCAAGAUUGCUGUCAACUUUAACGGGGCUGCGUGGUCUUGACAUCAGGGGUUGCGAUCAGAUCACGCGCGGGGGAAGGCAGGCUUUACGAAAUCUGAAAUGCAUGCGGAAGUGGGUCUGUGGCAUGCCCAAUGAUAGUAUGAUAACAGCAUGA